AUGUUUGCCUGUCUACUCUCAAGAUCCUGGCUGCUAUUGCUUUUGUAUCAGAUUGCGACAUCUAAGCAUUUCUGUAAAAGAGAGGAAAAUAGCUUCUUGUCUCUGUGGCUUGAAGUUAUUUUGUCCCCAGAGAUAAUUUUGUUACGCAGCAGGCUACCAUCAAUGAAGGCAUUCCCGUUUCAUAACUUUUUGAGAUUUUCUGAUUCCCAUGAGACUUAA